AUGGAAGUCCACUUACCAAACAACGAUCGUCGACCACUUUCUCAACGACUGGAAUUGCUUGAGAACUAUUUUCUGGGAAUUUUCACUUUCGAGGCGCUCCUAAAAAUUGUGGCUUUGGGAUUCAUAAUGCAGCCUGGAGCGUAUCUGCGAAAUGUGUGGAAUAUUCUUGAUUUCACUGUUGUCAUAACUGGCUAUAUCACCGUCUUUGCACAGACUGGAAAUGGCAUUGACUUGCGAACAUUAAGAGCCGUUCGUGUCCUGCGACCUUUAAAACUGGUUUCUGGAAUUCCAAGUCUCCAGGUUGUGCUAAAGUCCUUGAUAAAGGCAAUGGCACCACUUCUACAAAUUGGCCUGCUUGUUCUCUUUGGAAUCAUUGUGCUUGCCAUCGUUGGUCUUGAAUUCUACAGUGGUGGAUUUCACUUGACGUGUUUUGACGAACGGAACCCCCAAAAACUCCCCGACUCCAUUCCAACCGUGGCCGGACUUGUGCCUUGUGUGAUCGCCAACGACUCCUCCGCGCCACUCAAAAGUGUACCGUCUGGUGCCUUCGUGUGUCCCGUCGGUUACGUCUGCAAAGGAUACUGGGAGGGCCCCAAUUACGGAAUCACGAGCUUCGACAACAUCGGCUACUCCAUGCUCACUGUCUUUCAGUGCAUCACGAUGGAGGGAUGGACUGAUAUAAUGUCUGCAUCACCGAUGGCGGUCAUUUUGACUAACACUCUGAAGUCGGUACAUGCUUCGAGUUAUGUCGCGCAGUCAAAGUACACAACAAUCGUUACGCCAGCUGUGGCUGGUCACAUAGACCGAUUUCGCCUUCGGAAAUCGAUUCAACUUCUUUUACUUCAUAACUCUUAUCGUUCUGGGGUCUUUCUUCAUGCUGAACUUGGUUCUUGGUGUUUUGAGUGGGUAAGCGAACACCAUUUUGAAUUUGCGAAGGAGAGAGAGCGUGUAGAGAAGCGAAGGGCGUUUUUGAAGUUGCGACGUCAACAACAAACAGAACGCGAACUAGACGGCUACAUUGAAUGGAUCCAACGGGCAGAGGAGGCUAUUUUGGCGGAAGAACAAACCACAGUUGCGGAAAAAUCACGGAUUCUUCGAGACUACGCUGAAUUUGUUUUUCUUGGAUUAUUUCUUACGGAGAUGCUAUUCAAGAUCUUCGCGUUUGGUUUUGCGCUCUACUUUAAAUCCUCGUUCAAUAUUUUUGACUGCGUUGUUGUUCUGGCUAGCUUCUUCGAAGUUGUUUGGCAAUUAUUUUUUCCCACGGAUUCUUUUGGAUUCUCGGCUUUACGAAGCAUCCGGCUGCUGCGUAUUUUCAAAUUCACGCGUUACUGGGCGUCAUUACGGAAUCUAGUGCUGUCGUUGUUGAACUCCAUGCGCAGCAUAGUCAGCCUCCUUUUCCUCCUCUUCCUCUUCAUGGUGAUUUUUGCACUACUAGGAAUGCAGCUCUUCGGUGGUGGGUUCGCCUUUGAAGACGGUCAGCCAAGCCAGCAUUUUGACACAUUUACGAAAUCCCUUCUUACCGUAUUUCAGGUACGACCUAUUCUCACGGGCGAGGACUGGAACACGAUAAUGUACAACGGCAUUCGGUCGCAAGCCUUAACCGCGCACCUCUCAGACACCCUACUCAACGUGUUUUUGGCUAUCGCCGUUGACAACCUGGCAAAUGCUCAGGAGCUGACAGCUGUGGAGGAAGCUGAGAAAAAGAUUGCUGAACAGGUUCGACAGUUUUUGAACAUUCGCCGUUUUUGUCACUUUGUGGUGAACCUACGCUACUUCGACCUCUUCAUAAUGAUUGUCAUUGCUUCAAGCAGCAUCUCUUUGGCAGCUGAGGAUCCCGUCGACGAGACGAACCCUCGUAACAUCAUCCUUGAAUACUUCGACCAUGCAUUCACUUGUGUCUUCACGCUGGAAAUGAUCUUAAAGGUGAAUGCUAGUUCCAACGACGAAGUGUUGUCUCCAUGCAAGAAUCUGGGCACGAUAAAAUCUCUUCGCGUGCUUCGAGUGCUGCGCCCGCUAAAGACGAUCCGACGAGUUCCAAAAUUGAAGGCAGUGUUUGAUUGCGUUGUCAGCUCGCUGAAGAACGUCCUCAACAUUCUCAUCGUCUACGUGCUGUUCCAGCUUAUCUUCGGUGUGGUAGCUGUCCAGCUAUUUCAGGGAAAAUUUUUCGCCUGCAACGAUCUUUCCAAAGACACACGCGAAGAAUGCCAGGGCUACUACAUUUCCUAUGAAAGCUCAAGUAUUCCCGAGGUGAAGCCACGGAUUUGGUCUGCGCGCGCCUUCAACUACGACAACAUCGUCUAUGCCAUGCUCACCCUCUUCACAGUCACCACAGGAGAGGGCUGGCCAGACAUAAUGAAGAAUUCAAUUGACGCCACAGACGUAAAUCGGGGGCCGAAGACAGAUUACCGACAGCAGGUCGCCAUCUUCUACAUAAUCUUCUUCGUUGUCUUCCCGUUCUUCUUUGUGAACAUCUUCGUCGCGUUGAUUAUCAUCACAUUCAAAGAGCAGGGAGAAAACGAACUAGUUGACCAUGAAUUGGACAAAAAUCAGAAGCAGUGCAUCGAUUUUGCAAUCAACGCGAAACCGCUAUGUCGAUAUAUGCCGGAGGACCCGAAAUCACUGAAACAUCGAAUAUGGCAACUGGUCGUUUCCGCACCAUUCGAAUACUUUAUCAUGACAAUGAUCGCCCUAAACACGUUAAUUCUAAUGAUGAAAUAUCAUCGGCCUGAACGCUCUGUUCACUCGACGUUGAAGUCAUACGACGAAACCAAAGCCUACGAGAGCUACUGCGCCUCCCUAAUGUACCUCAACACCGCCUUCACGGGAAUGUUCACCAUCGAGUGCCUUCUGAAGAUUCUGGCAUUCGGACCACGAAAUUACUUUCGAGACCGCUGGAACAUCUUCGACUUCAUCACUGUCAUCGGCAGCAUUACCGACGUCUUGGUUACCAGCUCUCAAGACACGUCGUUCCUCAACUUGGGUUUUCUAAGACUCUUCCGGGCUGCGCGUCUAGUGAAGAUGCUGCGUCAAGGCUACACCAUUCGAAUCUUGCUCUGGACUUUCAUCCAGUCCUUCAAAGCCCUGCCUUACGUGUGUCUGCUAAUCGCGAUGCUCUUCUUUAUCUACGCUAUCGUUGGAAUGCAGGCAAGCCAAGUGUUCAAAUCAUGUGUUUUGUCAAAUAAGGUGACGACCUUCAAGGCGAGUGACUUCCUAUUGGUCGGCUCAAGGACAAAUUUGUGGUCCCUCAAGUACUGUUGUAGUAGAAGGCCUCUAAAUCACAAUAACAAAACAUUUAGUGUGGAUUUGAGUGACCUUGAACUGACCCUGAAUUUGGUUUUUGGGACAAUCGCUGUGGACGAUCCGUCGAGUCAAAUAACCAUCCAGAGUAACUUCAGAACGUUUGGCAAUGCUCUUCUUCUGCUAUUUCGGUAUGUGGUUUUAAACUCAAACCCCACAAACGAGUUGCGAGACCACGUUACACCAAAAACUGACAACAAGCCAAUGAAACAAGAGGAGUCGAUUAAUCUCCUGUCCAAUCAAAAUGCUUUUGUCAGCUGUUCGACUGGUGAGUCGUGGCAGGAGGUGAUGCUCUCGUGCGACUACCCACAGCGUUGCGCGAACAAACCCGAGAGUGCGUGUGGAAGUGGUGGAACCUACCUCUACUUCGUCUCCUUCAUCUUCCUCUGCACAUUCCUCAUGCUGAAUCUGUUUGUGGCUGUCAUUAUGGACAAUUUCGACUACCUCACCAGAGACUCGUCGAUACUGGGGUCGCAUCAUUUGGAGGAGUUCAUUCGUGUCUGGGCAGAGCAUGACCCCGCUGCUACUGGUCGCAUUCACUACACCGACAUGUACGAGAUGCUGCGGAAGUUGGAACCGCCUGUAGGAUUCGGGAAGAAGUGUCCCUAUCGAUUGGCGUAUCGCAAACUGAUUCGAAUGAAUAUGCCCGUGGACGAAUCAGGGCGUGUGCACUUCACCACAACCCUCUUCGCUCUCAUCCGGGAGUCGUUGAGCAUCAAGACGGGUUCAGCUUCAGUGAUGGACAUCAAAGACGCCGAGCUGCGUGACACACUUCGUGAGAUGUGGCCGUUGCAAGCAGCCAAAAUGCUCCACCUAUUGGUGCCUAGCGACGAAGAAUUAACUUGUGGGAAAUUGACGACGGGAAAAAUCUACGCGGGUCUUCUCAUUUACGAAAAUUGGAUAGCCAAUGGGAAGCUGAGAGAAAGAUUUUCUCCUGUCUCGUGUUUGGAGGCUGAGCGAAGACACGUGAGUUCGCAUCCUCCACCUUUGGCGGAAACCAUGAAAGAAGCUGCAGCAGAUGCCGAUGCGACCGAACAGAGUGGCGAUGCUUCCUCACCCGACCCAAUUUCGGACGCGGUCGCUGCGGCUAACAUCUGCCUGCCACCUUCCGACUCAAGGCUUCACCGCCAAUCACAACAGACGGCAACUGCUAGUGGAGAAACCGCGGCAAGUGGCUCCUCACGUCCACCGAGCCCGUUUCUGGAUUUUGCGUCGGCUGUCACCUCAUUAAUGCAACAAGUCAAUCUAAUGGUGGAAAGAGAACGAAGCCAACGAUUUCUUGGUCGAUCAUCAGACGAUGUUGACUGGAAUUCAAUUCUCGCCUAUCGCUCUCAACAGGGCCUUCGGAAUCGCAGUCGAAGGCGUUUUUUGGCUGCGGCUACGGCGAAUAUUUUAACCCGCAACAUGCAUAAAUCCGCCCACAGACCCUGCUACCGGUACUUUGGUGGCACACUUCACCCUAAUCAAAUUCCCCAUCCAAUUGAGACGCCCCAUCCAAUCCCAGAAGGCACUAAUGUGUCUAACACAGAUAGACUGACUGUGGAUGAUGUUCUGGAUAGCACUGAUACCCCGAGGUAUGCCGGAAAUUCCCACAGAGGUGCCACAUUCCGCGUAUUCAAAUUGGUUAGUCCUGUUAGCGACUGGGGCUAUUAUCCCGUGUCUCGGAGCCCGGCACUGCCAGUGGUGCAUGAGACAUGGUAUCCUCGUUGGAACUCAAGGUGUGAGUGGAACGACGAAUCGCCAGCUCCCAUUUCGCCCCACUUUGCCCGCCAAACUCGCUCGCCGGACAUGGAGGAGUGUUUAUCUAGUCCCCUAGUGUCACCAGUGCCAAGUGAGUACUUAGCAGAGCCCCCUGUGAUUAACUUCCCGGCUCUGUCACCCUCUCCAACAGCCGAGGUUGAGGAACCCCCGUUACCAAAGUAA